UCCCCAAAUGCAAGUUGUAAACAGUUCCCAAGUCCUCCCCACUUAGAAGUGCUCGCAACAAGGUACUCCCGCUCUGUAGCUGUAGCUGCUGGCUGGCGUCUGCUCUCGUUAUGUCCCUGAAGACCAUCAUCUCCAGGGAUGGCCCCAGCCCUAGCCAAGCCUGUGGGCUGCUCUUCCUUUUCCCGCUGAUGGUCCAAGCCUUAUUUUUUGCUGCCACUUACUUCUACUUCACUAAUGAGCUGAAACAGUUGGCUCAGCUACAAGAUGCAAGUUCUCAAAGCAGUCUGGUGUGUCUUACAAAGGAAUACUUGGGAGCCAGGAUGGGUGACCCCAGUGGUGAUGCAGAGCAGGUAGACCUCCCAUGCCUGCAGUUCAAAUGGCAGCUCCAGCAGCUGAUUAGAAAGGAACUGUUGACAAUCUACAAGGAUUAUUCUGCAAGUCAAGGCAAACCUUUUCCUCUACCAUCCCUCUCCAAAGUAAACCCCUUCCCACCGGCUCCUAGAGCCCCAUCUUUCCUGGACAUAUCCCAGAGCUCCACUCCACUGACCCUGCCAAACCCACUCUGCAUCUCUAAUGGGGACAAUCAUUCUUUCACAACCAAAUCCCAGAUGGGAUCACUGAAGAAGAAGCACUUGGGAAAUCUCCAAGCACUACCUAAAUAUAAGAGGCAGGACAAUCCUUCUGGAGCCAGAGAAAAGUUUCAUCAGAGUGCUGUCCAGAGAGUAGCAGCUCAUCUUACUGGAAACAGGCAGAUGAGUUCUACCUUUUCUAGAAGUUCAUUGCUUGGAAGAGCUUCGGGUUGGAAAAUCAACUACUGGGAAUCUUCAAGGAAAGGACAUUCAUUCCUCCAUAAUGUGGAUGUGGCAGAUGGUGAGCUCAUCAUUCCUCAAACUGGAUACUAUUAUAUCUAUUCCCAAACCUACUUUCGGUUCCAGGAGCUGGAAGGAAGCUCUGCCUCAGCUUUGAGUGAAAAGAGGAAUAAACAGCCCAAACAACUGGUCCAGUACAUUUACAAAGUGACAAGUUACCCAGAACCCAUCCUACUCUUGAAAAGCGUAAAGACUAGCUGUUGGUCUAAAGAUUCCGAAUAUGGACUCUAUUCCAUUUAUCAAGGCGGAGUGUUUGAGCUGAGGGAGAAUGAAAGAAUCUUUGUAUCUGUCAGCAAUGAAAAAUUGAUUGAUAUGGACAAAGAAGCUAGUUUUUUUGGCGCUUUUCUCAUUGGCUAAAUAUUCAUAAUUACGAAGUAGCCACCACUACCGUUCUACCUGCUGCAUGAGACACAGUGACAACAGACUUUCCGGCGAAUGAUCUUAUUAACAAUGAGAUCUGUCAGUCACCCGAUAAAUACAUACUUAUUAGCACCUACUAGGUGCUACUAGCACCUGCUAGGUUAUCGUCACUGUGCUAAGUACUACAGAUACUAAUAUGAAAAAGAAAUACAGUCCCUGAUCUGAAGAAGCUUAAAAUUUAAUGGAGGAAGACAAGGCACAAAAAGAAGAUGAAAGGGGAAGGGGAAAGGUACCCUGCCUCUGCAGUGUGGUGGGAGUCUAAGCCAAAGGAGGAAGGUGAGGUGGGAACUGAAGAGCUCCCUGGCCCGGGAGCCCUUUUUAAAUGGGGCCUUGGGACUAGUUCUUUGCUCUGUCCUCCAGUCCCAAUUCCAGGUGUUAUAGAAAUAGCAGCAUUGGAGAGUGGAUGUGGUAUAGUAGCAGGUCAUCUACUUUUGCUACUGCCAAAAAUCCUACAAAUAAUUUAGUGUAUAUGGUUCCCUUAGCCUAUUUGUAAUAUCAUUCCAAGUCUAUGACCUUUGCUAGUUCUUAUUCUAACACAGCAUUCUGAUCAUCUACCACUGAUGAAUGAUCACUUAUCAACAGUGUUUACGUAUUGAAGGGCGGACAAGAAGAGGAGGAAAGCACCUGAGUAUUGUUAUUAUAUUGUUCUUAUGACCCAAACCGUUCAUCUGCUCAGUCCUUUUCAGGGACACCACCAUAUAUCCUUUUGAAAAAAUGUCCUUUUCUGCAUUUUUUAGAAGGACUUACUAUCUUCAUAUCAGUUACCUCUAUGAGGUAUAUAUAACUCUAGUAAUGGAAUCUCUGGAUCAAAGUAUAUGGAUGUUUUGGUGGCAGUGACCUCAUUCCCUCUGCCUCCAAAUCUUUCAAACAGAUCCAGAAAAUAUUGUAGAUCAAAUUAUUAUCAGAAAAUCCAAUUUUUAAAAAAAUCACAGUGAGUCAUUUUUCUAGCCCAAGUUGGCAGAAAGAGAGAUGUCUGCAGACAUAUUAUCAUAUUCUGGCUGCUCUAUGGAUCCCUAACUAGUUUGGAGUCAACAGAUCCAGGACUGACAGAUCAGGGGACCUGAUCCCAGGGUUGACAUUCCAGGAUGAGGGUUGGUCUAAGUUUAAAAUGGCUGGCUAAGAGCAGCUUCUGCUUUGAUAGUUUUCUGUUAUGUUCCU